GCCAUGUCCCCCGGCCGCCGCCGCCGCCGCCCGAGCGCGGCGCUCCCGAGGCCCGGCGCGCACUGAGCGCGGGCCCGAGCCGCCGUCCGCCCGCCCCGGGCCCUUGUUCGCCGCCGCCGCCGCCGCCGCCGCCGCCAUGUUGGGUUUGGAGCCGCAGCGGAGCCGCCGCCGCCGCCGCGGCUGACGAGGCCGAGCGCGGAGCCCGGCCCGCGCCGGGGCCCAGGCAGCGGGUUCCCGUCCGAGCCCCGUCGGAGCCCGAGGGCCCGUCCGCCGUGCGAGCGAGCGUCCCGGCCUCCGGGCCCGCGGGCUCCGGCCGCGCCCUCCGCCGCCGGCCGAGCGAGCGAGCGAGCGAGCCAGCCGCGGAGCCCGGGAGAGGCAGCGCCAUGGCGGAGCAGACCUAUUCGUGGGCCUAUUCCUUGGUGGAUUCCAGCCAAGUGUCGACGUUUCUGAUAUCCAUUCUUCUUAUAGUCUAUGGUAGCUUCAGGUCUCUUAAUAUGGACUUUGAAAACCAAGAUAAGGAGAAAGACAGCACCAGCUCUUCUGGGCCUUUCAAUGGCAACAGCACCAAUAACAGUAUCCAAACAAUCGAUUCCACCCAGGCCCUGUUCCUGCCCAUUGGAGCAUCUGUCUCUCUCCUUGUAAUGUUCUUCUUCUUUGACUCAGUUCAAGUCGUUUUCACAAUAUGUACAGCAGUUCUUGCAACAAUAGCUUUUGCUUUUCUUCUUCUCCCGAUGUGCCAGUAUUUAACAAGACCCUGCUCACCUCAGAACAAGAUUUCCUUUGGUUGCUGUGGGCGCUUCACUGCUGCUGAGUUACUGUCCUUCUCCCUGUCUGUCAUGCUCGUCCUCAUCUGGGUUCUCACUGGCCACUGGCUUCUAAUGGAUGCUCUGGCCAUGGGCCUGUGUGUCGCCAUGAUCGCCUUUGUCCGCCUGCCGAGCCUCAAGGUGUCGUGCCUGCUCCUCUCAGGGCUGCUCAUCUACGAUGUCUUCUGGGUGUUUUUCUCAGCCUACAUCUUCAACAGCAAUGUCAUGGUGAAAGUAGCCACACAACCAGCUGACAAUCCCCUAGACGUUCUGUCCCGGAAACUCCACCUGGGACCCAGUGUCGGCCGUGACGUGCCUCGCUUGUCUUUGCCUGGAAAAUUGGUCUUCCCGAGCUCCACUGGCAGUCACUUCUCCAUGCUGGGCAUCGGGGACAUCGUGAUGCCCGGCCUCCUCUUAUGCUUUGUCCUUCGCUAUGACAACUACAAGAAACAAGCCAGUGGCGACCCCUGCGCUGCCGCGGGCCCGGCUAACAUCUCUGGGCGCAUGCAGAAGGUCUCGUACUUCCACUGUACCCUCAUCGGGUACUUUGUAGGUCUGCUCACUGCAACUGUGGCGUCUCGAAUCCACAGAGCCGCCCAGCCUGCUCUUCUCUACUUGGUGCCCUUCACCUUACUGCCGCUCCUCACCAUGGCCUACUUAAAGGGUGACUUACGAAGGAUGUGGUCUGAACCAUUCCACUCCAACUCCAAGUCCAGCAGCUCCCGGUUCCUGGAAGUAUGAUGGGUCACCUUCACCUCGGGUUUUAUUUCCUCUAAAAGCUGGCCUGGCAUCAGAGGAGCCACAGUGUGACUGGGGUUUGCGGCUCAAGGGAGCGCAGGAAGGGGCUCGAGCCUGCGCGCCCUUCUCUGCCUGCACGCGGCGAGAGUGGACCCUUCCAGAAGUGACUGCCCUCCCCAGGUUUUUCGGAUCUUACCGGACUACUUCCUUUCGGAGAGCAGCAGAGCUGACUUAUUAACUGCAAACAGCAAGGACUUGUUCUGGAACAUUGAACACUAAAAGGAUAAGGAGAAAAUAACAAACUGAAGUUUCUUCAGUGAAGCCUCCAAAACUCUGGGACCAGUUUCCGAUGGGGGCUCCAUUUCACAGACCGGGGACAGAAGUUCUGUCCUUUUUUUUUUUUUUUUUUUUUUCUUCUAUUGGAUUUAUUAAAUAUUUUCUGUGGUGUGAAGUGACUUAUUAAAUCCACAGACAUUGAAUGACUUCUUACAACA